AUGUCCCUGCUCUGCGCUGCCGCUGCUGUGGCGUCCGCCGCGUUUGCUAUGCCAGUCAGCUCUGACGCCGCCGAUGGACUUGAAGCUCGUGCCCAUGACGCCGGGGUCUCCGAUCUGAUCGCCCGGUUUGACUUCGACGAGGCGACUUCUCUCCUGGCUCGCGCCGUCACGGACAUGCUCAGUGCGCGUACCGACCACAAGUCGGAGGUUGACUCGAAAACUGAUCACAUGCACGAAAACAUUGCCAAGGGGGCGGACCGAGGCGCGCAUCUGGACCAACUGCGCCAUAAUACAGACGACCUUGCCAAGUCCACACAGGGCAUCGGUAAGGGAGCCAACCAUGUACGCAAGAAGGGGAGAUCCUUGGAGCAGGACACGAACGGACCGCCGAAGUACCGCCUGAAGGACGCGCGCAAGCCCAGCCGCCUGCACAAGUACCCGCCGGGCCCAUCGGGCUUGCGCCGCAGGCGUGAGCUUGACAUCUGGUAA